AGUUGUCUGAUUGCCAAAUAUCCUCGCAGUAGACUAUUCCAAAAUAUUGCCAAAUAUGAAUUUUUGUGUACAUACAAACAGCGGAGUAAACAAACAAAGUUUACAUCUGAUUUCGUUUUAAAUCUAAUUAAUUAUUUAGUAUUUAGUAAUAUCGAAAUGUGAUAAGUAGAUUAACAGUCGCAAAGAGCAAUGGCGACAGGGUGCAUUGGGUGAAUCUAAUUUUUGCUGAGAGAAAUCGGCAAUUUAGUAGAUCAAUUUAGGAUGGAUAAAUUUACAAUAACUUCCGGAAUCCUAUUCGCCCUUGCGGAUUGUUUAGCGAUAGUCAGUCUUAUCAAGCCGGACUGGAUAGUCUCCAAUGUUGGGGGUGAGAUGCGUCUUGGCCUUAUGCAAGAAUGCUUAACGAUAUAUAACCGACCCCAGACUUGUAUACCUCCAAGCUCCCUGCCAUACGAAUGGGGUAUUUGUUUACUCGCCAUAUUCAUUGGAUCUGUGGGGUUGACCACAACUAUUGUUUUACUAAUUGUUUCGACGUGGGAGAGAAGUUGCGUCGUGCACGCUCGAUAUAUUGGUUUUAUUUCAAUGAUCUUAUACUGCUUUGCUGCGGUAAUAUUCCCAAUGGGAUUCUACAUUCCCCAAAUAGGUGGGGAACCUUAUCAACUCCCACACAAUGUAGAAGUUGGGAUAUCCUACAUCUUGUUUGUGUUGGCAUUGUGGAUUACUGUGAUCUCGGAGUUAUUUGUUGGAAAGGUGUGUCUCCCUCAUAUUUAGUUAAUAUGCAAAUAAGUUGGAGAUAUAAUUUGACUUGAUAGUUUAGUUUUAAAAACAACGUUUCUUUAUUUAUACGUGUAUUUCGAUUUACUAUUUGUACUCAUUGUAAACCUCUCCGUUGCGUUUCAAUAAACGGUACAUUCCGUUAUAACACAA